AUGCUUGAGAGGUAUCUUUGUAAAGUUGGUGUUUCUUCCUGCUCUCGCCUUGAUAGAGGUUCCACUGACUCAUUCAUUUCUGAAGCCCGAAUGCGUUCCAAAAUUCAUACGGUGAUUACUGACACAGUUCCUUCACAAAACAAACUUGUUCGGCUCUCCAGCGCACAGAAGUGCUUCAUUGCUCAGUACGAACAAGUGGAACUGCGGAAAGACAUCAAGCAGUUUGCAGAGACCUGUGACGAUCUACUAGACGAAUACUUGGCGUGUGUCGAGAAGUUACGCUUAAUGCAGGAACACUCAUCAAAGGAACGGAAGCUCUUCGAGAAGCGGGUCGCCGCAGCUAUAAGAAAGCCAGCGGUGUUUGGUGACGGUCAUCGAGUACUAUUACGUUACCAUCGAACUUAUCUGAAGCGACUAAAGGCAGAGGUCGCUGACAUUCACUUGUCUAUGGGCAUGUUUAGUUCAGCUAAAGAUUGCUAAAUCUCAUGUCCUUUCAUUGCCUUAAGGAUCACAAGCCUGUCUUGUAAUCCGAGUGCGCGGGUUCGAGCCUGCGUAGGGGAUCGGGCGACCAUUGCAGUAUCCUUAGCCCACGUGCGACCUGUGACAGUUGCACAGCAGCAAAGCGUUGGUCCUGCAUACCGGCUGAUGCUUUUCUUCCUUGCUGCCGAAUCUCAUGCAUCGGAGUGACGUAUAUCUACGGGGUUUACGUGUUUGGAUAGUUCCGACAUGCGUUUCAGG